UAAAAUAAAUUUAAAAUUCUUUAAGAAAAUUAAUACGUGUGUUAAGAAAGCAUUUAAAAAAAAAAAUACCCUAGUGUUAUUAAUUUUAAAAAUAAAAUGGUGGCAUUAUGAAAUAAAUAAAAAAUAUAAGUAGAAAAUAUUUUCAUAAUUUUUUCCACCAAUGAUUAUGAAAAAAAAUUAUUCUAUUUUGAAAAAUAUUUAAAAUUCAUUACUCUUAUUAAAAUUAAGUUUGAAAGUGAUCCAAUUGGAAUAUUUAUAAAAAAAAAAACGAAAAUUUGAAGCUGAUUGGAAAUUUGAAGUCAUUUGGAUAAGAAUUGAUUAUUAACUAUAACGAACAACCAAUCACGGAGAAGUCUAAAUUCUACUGAGCAAGAAAAACUCAAAACAUUUUUAUAAAUUUCAUCUCGCCGAACAAAAAAAGAAAACAAACAAGUACAGAAGAAUAUUUGAGAAAAUAAAAAAUUAAAGAAAUGAUAAAAUAAGAUCCUCAAAUUCUUGGUCAUAUCCUAAAAUAAUCACGAUAUUAAAUAGAAGUCGCUGGUUAUUAGUCCUUAUUUUUUUAUAUAUUUUUGUUGACAAUUUUCAUUUCAUUUCUAAAUAUAAACAAACACCACACUUCCUAACUCAUAAAAGAUUAAAAUAAAAUGUUUGUAUAUUUUUCCACAACACACAAAUAAAAAUAUCUACAAAAUAAUAUACAAACAUAAUAAAAGACUCAUAAAUAGUCUUGAGAGAAACUAAGAUAAUCUUGAAAAACAAGUGAGAAAAAAUAAUAAAAGAAACUGUAAAGCAAAACUAUAUUGUUAAUUUUUGGGCUCAAACGGAAGAUUACACGGAAGCUUACAGGUUAAUAGAACGACAGUUCAUCAGUUUCUAAAAAUAAAUGCAAUUUUAAGGUUUAAAAAUUUUAGAAUAAUAGCUAAGAUAACAGAGGAUUAACAAAGAAUUUAAAGGUGUUGCAAGAGAAAUUUUAAAUAAUUUUUGUAAAUAAUCCUUGGGAUUUUGUUUGUUUUCAACUCAAUUUCUUUGGUUUACUUUUUAAAUUUUAUUUUCAUUCUGAUUCCUUACCAUCAUUUGAUUUGAAAACAUACACACUCAUACAUGUGAAAUUUUCCGAAUUUUUUUAUUCAACAAAAUUGUGGUAUAUAAGAAUUUGAAUGUAGAUUUAACAAGCAAUAUGGGAAAACUUUUUAUAACCGAAGCUAUUAAAGAGGAUGUUAGCAGUCCUGCAGGACAUGAAUCGGAUGUUGAAAAAGAGAAUGGUGUUUCAGACCUUUUUUUCUACAAUUCUGAUGAUAUUUUAGCAAUUACAAAAGCUGAAAAUUCACAUCUGGAUGAUUUAUAUACAAGAUAUAGACAAAGAUUAAGAAAAUCACUGUUCAUCUCUGGAUUAUCAAUAUCUUUGGUAGCAUGUGUUGUGUCAAUCAUUUUAAGUUCUAUAAAGGAUCAGAGUAUCCUGCAUUUAAUAUUAUUAGCUGUAGCUGGUAUCGCUUCAGGUAGCAUAUUAACAGCAUUACAAUUUCCUGCUGUAUUAAGUUCACCAUAUGCUGCUUUAGCAUUUGCAUUGAUUACAACUUUAGUAUUGGGUACAACAGCAGCUAUUACUGGUGGACCAUUGGCACCAUUACCAUUAUUUGCUGUAAUUUUGGGAAUACAUACAAUGCUGCCUAUAUCAUGGCCUGUAUCAUUGGUUUUGGCAGGAUUAAUGACUGUGAUACAUGUGAUCUGUAAAAUUAGUUCAACUCCUGAUUAUUCUCCAAAUCUACAAUUGCUGAUUGGUGAAGUUGUAAUGCUUGCUACUGCUUCAGUAUCAGGACUUUAUUAUAGAAUAAUGUCGGAUGCAUCACAUAAACGUACAGUAGAUGGUACACGUACUGGUAUUGAACAAAGAGUUAAAUUGGAAUGUGAACGUGAACAACAAGAACAAUUAUUACUUAGCGUAAUACCAGCAUAUAUUGCAGCUGAGGUUAAAAGAAGUAUUAUGCUAAAAAUGGCCGAUGCAUGUCAACGUGCUGGAGGACAAGCAACAUCAUCAGCAGCUAGAUUUCAUGAAUUACAUGUUCAGCGUCAUAAUAACGUUUCAAUUUUGUAUGCAGACAUUGUAAAUUUUACGCCAUUAUCAGAGCAAUUGACAGCUAGUGAUUUAGUAAAAACAUUAAAUGAAUUAUUUGGACGUUUCGAUCAAAUAGCUCAAGAAAAUCAAUGUCUAAGAAUAAAAAUUUUAGGAGAUUGUUAUUAUUGUGUAUCUGGAUUACCAAUAUCAAGACCACAACAUGCAGCAAAUUGUGUCCACAUGGGUUUACAAAUGAUUGAGGCUAUAAGAUUAGUUCGUGAAGCAACCGGAUUUAAUGUUGAUAUGAGAAUUGGUAUUCAUACAGGAAAUGUCCUUUGCGGUGUAUUAGGAUUAAGAAAGUGGCAAUUUGAUGUAUGGAGUGAUGAUGUUUCAUUAGCAAACCAUAUGGAAAGUGGCGGUAUCGCUGGUCGGGUUCAUAUAACCAAACAGACUUUGGAUUGUUUAGGCGAUAAAUUUGAAGUUGAACCGGGUAAUGGUGGCUCACGUGAUCCAUAUUUAGCGGAUCAUAAAAUUGAAACAUAUUUAAUUGUACCACCGAAGAAAAUUACAACCGGCUUGGCUCCUGUUGUUGAAGUUAAAACACCUCCACAAACCAAUAUAACAGAUACAGAAACAGAAAAUUUAAUAUCAGAUAAUUUACAGGAUCAAUCAAAGCCUAGUGGUGAAAUUGUAUCAUUCUUUCUUGGUGAUCCACCAUUAUCUAAUACAAUUAUAGAAGAAUCAAAUAUAACCACAAAUAAUGACAAUACAAAUUCAACAACUGCUGAUGGUACAACUGUAAAUGAAAAUACAUUAAAUUCAAAUAUUAAAGAGAAUGGUGUUCCAUUACCACAACCUACACAAGUAUCACCUACAUCAAUUACUGAAGAUGGAAAAAAUGUAACAAGUGGUACUGGUGGUGGUGAUAAUGUAACAGAAACUACAACUGUAACUAGACAAAAUUCUGUUAUACAUUCAUCAAAUAAAACGGCAUCUAAUGAUGAAAAACUUCCAACACCAAAUAGUAAAUCAUCUUUAACAUUACCGCAAGAGACAGGUUCAUCGGGUAGUUUUAAAGGGAUGACAGGUGGUGAUGUACCUGAGAAAGGACGACGUAAAUUAUCAGUACAAGGAUUAAUUGGAUUCGGUGAACGUAGAAGGUCAUCAACAGGUGCAUUUGCUGAUUUUCGAAAACAAUCCUUAUCGAACAGUGAUAGUUUUCGUAUGUCUGGAACUGCAAUUCCUGGUCAAGUUUCAAGAUCACGGCCAUCAUCAAAAAUGACAAAAUAUGUUGAAUGUUGGGGUGCUGAUAAACCAUUUGCAAAUAUUGCUGAAUCAAAAUUAGCUAAAAAUAUUGGAUUAGCUAGUAUAGCAAUGAUUGAAUCAAAUUUAUUACCACCAGAAAGACGUUGUGCCAAUUUUAAUUGUUUUGGUGCACCCACCGAAUUAAAACCAAUUACAAUGUGGUAUCGUAAUUCACCACGUGAAAUAAUGUAUAGAGCUCAACCAGAUCCACAUUUUCGUUAUGAUUUAAUUUGUGCAUUUAUUAUGUUUGUGUCAAUUGCUGUUGUUCAAUUUAUUAUAAUACCUAGCAAUAUUGCCCUAUCGGGUUCAGUUGGUGCCACUUUAGUUGUAUUAGGACUAUUUAUGUACUUAAGUCAUGCAAAAAUGUCUGAAGGAUCAUCACCAUCUGGUAAUAAUGGACCUGGUCAAAUAAUAGCAUCAAGUAGACCGAUUAGAAUGGCAAUGUUUAUAAUUGUAACUGUAUUAAUAUCAGCAUGUGCCGUUUUUAGUGUUAUUGAUUUUAGUAGUGAGGAUGAAUAUUAUAAUAAUAAUGAUAAUAGUAAUUAUAAUGAAUUUUUAAUUGGUAAUGGAAACGAAACAUAUUUAUUAAAUUCAACAAUUCUCAAUAAUAAUAUAACAUCAAAUUAUUUAAAUAAUUUAACAAAUUUGCUACCGCCACCAUUAUUAAAUUCAAUAUCAUCGACAAAUACAUUAACUGGUUCAAUACCAACACCAGAAAUAGCACCGGCCUAUUUAUUAUGUUGUGCAUUAAGUUUAGCUGCUGUAUCGGCAUUUUUACGUGCCGGUUUCAUAUUAAAAUUAUCAGUAAUGGUUGUUGCUGCAACAUGUGAAGUUACUGUUUUAUGGUUAAGUGAUUUAUUUAGCGAAUAUGAAAUAUUACAUCCUAAUUUAGUUCCAUUAGCUGCAAGAGGUUUACUAUUAUUAUUAUUGAUUGCGGCUGUGUUACAUACUCUAGAUCGGCAAGGUGAAUACGUUGCAAGAACUGAUUUCCUUUGGAAAGCCAAACUGAAAAUAGAACAAGAAGAAGUUGAAACAAUGAGAGGAAUAAAUAAAAUUCUAUUAGAAAAUAUACUGCCAGCUCAUGUUGCAACACAUUUUUUACAUCAAGAUCGUUCUGCUGAAUUAUAUCAUGAAAGUUAUUCGGGUGUUGCUGUUAUGUUUGCUUCAAUACCAAAUUAUAAAGAAUUCUAUGAUGAAUCUGAUGUUAAUAAACAAGGAUUAGAAUGUUUACGUUUAUUAAAUGAAAUUAUUUGUGAUUUUGAUAAGCUUCUUUUAAAACCAAAAUUCAGUGGGAUUGAAAAAAUUAAAACCAUUGGUAGCACAUACAUGUGUGCAUCUGGAUUAAGACCAGGAAAAGAAGAUGGGGCUCUUAGGAAACAUUCAAUAGCGGAUGAAAAACGUACCGAAGAACAUAAUGUUGUAAUACUUGUUGAAUUUGCUAUAGCCUUGAUGUCAAUAUUGGAUUCAUUGAAUCGUGAAUCAUUUCAAAGAUUUCGUUUACGUAUUGGUUUAAAUCAUGGGCCAGUUAUUGCUGGUGUUAUUGGUGCACAAAAGCCUCAAUAUGAUAUAUGGAGUAAUACUGUUAAUGUUGCUUCACGUAUGGAUUCAUGUGGUGUUAUGGGAAGAUUACAGACAACGGAACCAACAGCAAAAAUAUUAAUGGCAGCCGGUUAUCAAUUAGAGUGUCGCGGUGUUAUUUAUGUGAAAGGAAAAGGAAAUCUAACAACGUAUUUUGUAAAAACCCCAUAUGACGAUAAAAUUUAAGGAAAAGAAAAAAUUAAACAAAAAACCUAUAAAAGAAAAAAACACAAAAAAUCAAAAUUAUUAUUAAGAAAAACAAAAACAUUAUUAAUUAAUGCUUGUUUUUUUUUUUAAAUUAUUUUUUUUAAAGAAAUUUUUUUUAUAAUAUUAUUUAAUUGUUUUUUAUGUAAAUGCUUAUAUUAAAAUAAGAAUUUAGAUUAAUUUAAAAUGCUUCUUACGAUAUGAAAAUUUUAGAAAAACGAGAGGCUUCAUAUAAUCUUACAAAUAGAAAAUUCUACAUUUAUUUAUGUAUUAAUUUUAAAAAUAAUUUGAUAUGAUAUUUUUAAAUGUAAAUUGUAAUCUAUAUAUAAGUAGGUCAUCAACAUUUCAAUUUAAUAUUAGCAAAAUCAGGAUUUUAUUUCUAAA